AUGAACCGCUCUUCCUCCCCGCCCGGCGCCCCUCGAAGUCCCUGGCAGCAGCCUGAGGAGGCGGGCGCGGACUCCUUGCAAACCCGGGUUCAGCAGCAGCGGGCCAUUCGGGAGGCGGAGAUGGCGCGACAGGAGGCGGCCUUCCUCUCCUCAGUCCAGCGGCGGCGAGAGUUGGAGAUGCAGCGCAGUGACGCCAAGUUGGGGACUUUGCUGAGGGACGUCCUAUCUGGCAUGGCGGCGCCUGAGGGGCCUGUUAAGGAGGCGGAGGCGGCGUUGGCACAUGCGACCAAGGUCCGUGGCAAGAAGAAAGAAUCAUUGCAUCAGGAGUGGGAGACAAAAGUGUUCGACACCCUCCAGGGUCGGUUGCAGUCGGCACUCGACGAGCGCGAUCCGGCCGCCAUCGAGUCGCGUUUGAAGACGCAGUACGACCAGUACCUGCACACCACCAAUACGAAAGUGGGGGUCUUCCGGGAUGUGAUCAUCGAGCAGGACUAUAACCCGUUGACGGCAGCGAAGGCGGCAAUUCGGAUACCCACAGGCGACAUCCGGGACCCGCUAAAGCGCGACGUGCUGAAACGCGAGUACGAGCAGCGCUUAAUGAUGAGCGGCGGCUCCUUUGGCACCGGUCGCAGGAGCAGCAGCAGCCAGCCGCGAAGUGCCUCGGCCGGGUCGCAGGUCGGCGGCGGGAGCUGGCUCGGCAAGGAGACGCUUGACACUCGGCGCUGGGGCGAGCUGGCGGUCGGAGCGACACCGUUUGGGCACUGCAACGACGGCAUGGGGGCCUACGUCGUACGACCCAACUCGAGCAAUCCGUGUUUUUUGGACGUCUUCGGCAUCUGUUCCGUGAUGUGUGUCAGCCGUGUGGUAAUGGACCACUACGAUUACCCACGCACAAACGAUGCUGCGGCGGCGGAAGUCCCUCCGGGCAAACGCAUACUGCCGGGGCCCGAGCAGCUGCGAGGUCGCAAGGACCUCUUUGACGUGGUGCACCACACGUGCCAUCUCAAACCGGAGAAUUACACAGGCGGCGAUCAAUGGCUGGAGGCUCGAGGGAAAGCGAAGCCCCUAGGCCCUGAGCAACGCAGAGGUCGCCGCGACCUCUCAGACGUGCUGCGUGCGCCUGGGGAGGGCCGGCCGCCCCCCGCGCCUACGCCUGGGGCCCCCGUGGGUGACCUCUGGCUGGAUGCCAAGGGCAAGGCGCGAGCGGAAGGGCCGGAGGUGCGGCGAGGUCGGGCAGGACUGUACGAGACGUUGCAGCAGUCGAGCAAUCCCUACGAGGGCGGCAGUAAGGUUGGCGACUUGUGGCUGGAGUACCGAGGCAAACGGGUUCUUCCCAGGCUUGUCCCGGAGGCGGGAGCAGCGCUGGCGGGAAUACCUGCGCCGCUGGUACCUCGCCGGCCGGCAGACGAGCGCAAGUUCGCAUCGCACCUCGUCGUUGCUGAGGGGCAAGUCACUACAAAGGAUUGA